AUGACAGCUCAUGCAAAUGAAAGGAUUAGCGAUGUAUCCCCUAGUGCUAGGGGUUCAAGUUCGGAAUCGAAGUAUGACAAGCUCUGCCGAGUUCUUUUCUUUAUUGCAAUUACAAAAAGCUCAUUCACUCCGGAGCACAUAUUGUAUAAGCAUUCAAUAUUUACUGAUAAGCCAAUUUUAGCUGAUAUAGUUACUUUUAUGUAUGCGGCGUUUGUUUCCAUUGGAUGGUUUCUGAUAUGGGGGGAAAGAGCAUACAGAACUCAAGAAAUGGGUCAACCUCCAAUGUACUCGAAUAUAAACUAUCACCUUUUAAGUUUUAAGAAAAGACACCCCAAGAAAUUUACAUGUGCGUUAUGGUUGGUAUUUUUCCUUGCAUAUACGGUUUUGACAGUUUUAAUUUGGUUAGUUCAGUUGAUUUUUCGAAAAGGUAAUGUUUUUCAAAUGUUAUUGCAACUUAUUAUAUUAGAUAUCGCCAUUGCAUUGGUCAAUGUAGCAAUUGCAUUCACUUUUGAAAUAUAUCUUUCACAGAAAGCCGCUAUCGAGAUUCGCGACGAAGGUUUAAAUAAUCUUGACACCGCUUAA